AUGGAGGGGGGCCGGGCCGGGGGGGAGCGGGCCGGGCUGGGACGGUGCAGGGAGCCGGGCGCUCGCAGACGGAGCCGGGGCUGGACACGGGGCAGCCGGAGCUACCGAGCAGCCGGGACCCCCUCGCCCUGCGCCCCCGACCCCGGGCUGCCCCCUCUGCUCCUGCCGGGCUCCGGAGAGCCCCCCUCGGCCAUGGCCCGCGCCGGGCGCCCCCGGGCCCCCGGGCUGCUGCUGCCCCUGCUGCUGCUGCUGCCCGCUCUGUGCGCCCGGGCAGCAGAGCCGGUGGACGUGCUGAAGGCGCUGCACUUCCAGGCCCAGCCGGCCGGCGUGCGGAAGACGACGGGGUUCUGCCCCGCCAGGCGGGCAGGGGCGGGGCCAGACGUGGCCUACAGGAUAUCACGGCAGGCGCAGAUCAGCGCCCCCACCAGGCAGCUCUUCUCAGGGAAGUUCCCGGAGGAUUUCUCCAUCAUGGCCCUGGUGAGGCCCAAGGCCGGGACCCAGGGGUUCCUGCUCUCCAUGUACGACCAGCACGGCACCCAGCAGCUGGGGGUGGAGCUGGGGCGCUCGCCCGUCUUCCUCUACCAGGACCAGAGCGGCCGGCCCGCCCCCGAGGACUACCCGCUCUUCCGGGGCAUCAACCUCGCUGACGGCAAGUGGCACCGGCUGGCACUGAGUGUGCACAGACAGUCCGUGACCCUGAUCCUGGACUGUAAGAAGAAGGUGACGCGGACGCUGCCCCGGGGCCCCCGCCCGGUGAUCGACACCCGUGGCAUCACUGUCUUUGGCACCCGCAUCCUCGACGAGGAGGUCUUCCAGGGUGACAUCCAGCAGCUGCUCAUCGCCCCGAACCCCCAGGCGGCCUACGACUACUGUGAGCACUACAGCCCCGACUGCCCUGCCCUGCCCCACCUGCCCCAGGCACAGGAGGCGCUGCAGAGACCUGCCAGGCCCCAGUACUUUGAGGAGGAGGUGGAGUACUAUGAGUACCCCGACUCUUACGGGAAUAAAGAGGAUGGGAACGCGUCCCUCCCCACUUCUUCGGGGGGCACAGUGGAGCAGAAACCCGCCGGGCCGGGCCGCAAGGCGCCCGCCAAGCCGGCAGCCAAGCAGCAGAAACGGCAGCAGCUGAUGAGCACGGCCCCAGCCUACGGCAAAGCCCCCGGCGGCGGGAAAGCCCCCGGCAACGGCAAAUCCCCCGGCAAAGCCCCCGGCAAGUCCCCCGGCAACGGCAAAUCCCCCGGCAACGCCAAGUCCCCCGGCAACGCCAAGAUGGCAGCUGGGGGGAAACACCCGGCCGUGAAAAAUGCCCUGGGCAAGGCCCAGACGGGGGGGAAGGCCUACGCUGGUACCGGCGCGCCCAGGAAACACGGCAACAGCUACCAGCAGGUAGAGCAAGAGCGAGGCAUCCAGAUCGGUGCUGGGCACCGCCCCGAGGGGGCAGCACGAUCUGAGAUCCGUGCGGGGGAGCAUGCUCCCCCCACCCCAUCCCCGCCCCCCAAGUCUGUGCGUCUCGCUCGUGUCUGUCCGUCGGUGGCGGGGCCAUUCGGGAAGCACCUCGGCAACGAUGUGGGGCUGUCCCCUACAGAGGAGCCCUGGGGGGCUGGCAAGAACCUGGAUUAUAUCCUACCCCUUGACCAGGACCCUGAUGGUGCCUACUGGGAGGAGACAAUGGGGCUGGAGGUGACUCCCCCGUCCCCCUCGGAGCCCUGGGCUGAGGAGGCUCCCAGCCCGGCCCCUGCCGCUCCGGGUGAGGACGAGGUACUUGUGGAGGAGUACGUGAUGGGGCAGGAGUACGAGUACGUCUAUAAGGACUUUCCUGAGGGAGCUGAGCCAUCGGAGCUGGGGCCCGUGCUCUCUGCAGAGACCCCCCAGAAUGGAGGCGCUGUGCGCGGAGUCAGAGGCUACAAAGGAGAGAAGGGAGAGCCGGCCGUCAUGGAACCGGGAAUGCUGGUGGAGGGCCCCCCCGGCCCUGAGGGACCUGCGGGCAUAUCAGGGCCGCCGGGCACACAGGGCCCUCCGGGCCCCCCAGGAGAUCCUGGUGAGAGGGGUCCUCCUGGCCGUUCAGGUCUCCCUGGCUCGGAUGGGAUGCCUGGACCCCCUGGCACGUCCCUCAUGCUCCCGUUUCGGUUUGGGAGCAGCGGUGGAGACAAGGGGCCCGCGGUGUCCGCACAAGAGGCACAAGCGCAGGCCAUUUUACAGCAAGCCCGGAUGGCCCUGCGUGGCCCCCCGGGACCCAUGGGAUACACUGGCCGGCCUGGGCCCCUGGGGCAGCCAGGGGGCCCCGGGCUGAAGGGGGAAGCCGGAGACUUUGGACCCCAGGGACCCCGCGGGCCACAGGGCCUGUCUGGCCCCCCGGGGAAGCCUGGAAGGAGGGGUCGUGCUGGAGCCGACGGCGCUCGGGGGAUGCCCGGGGAGUCUGGUGUUAAGGGCGACCGAGGCUUUGACGGGUUGCCGGGGCUGCCGGGGGACAAGGGGUACAGGGGUGAGACGGGUUCCCAGGGCAUCCCAGGCCCCCCUGGUGAGGACGGACAGCGGGGAGACGAUGGAGAGGUCGGCCCCAGAGGGCUCCCUGGAGAACCGGGACCCAGAGGUUUGCUUGGACCCAAAGGCCCACCAGGGAUCCCCGGGCCUCUGGGCGUGCGUGGCAUAGAUGGUCCCAUCGGGCCCAAAGGGAACCUGGGGCCGCAAGGCGAGCCAGGCCCCCCAGGUCAGCAGGGAACUCCAGGCACCCAGGGAUUGCCUGGCCCACAAGGUGCUAUGGGGCCCCCCGGAGAGAAGGGUCCCAGAGGCAAACCUGGCCUCCCCGGCAUGCCGGGGUCCGACGGGCCUCCCGGGCAUCCGGGGAAGGAAGGUCCGCCGGGAACCAAAGGUAACCAGGGUCCGUCUGGUCCCCAAGGUCCAAUUGGCUACCCAGGCCCACGUGGUGUGAAGGGCGUGGAUGGAAUUCGGGGACUGAAGGGUCACAAGGGUGAGAAGGGUGAGGAUGGAUUCCCUGGGUUCAAGGGCGACUUCGGGGUGAAAGGAGACAGGGGCGAGGUGGGUGUCCCAGGAUCCAGAGGAGAGGAUGGACCGGAAGGUCCCAAAGGCCGGACCGGACCCUCGGGUGACCCGGGUCCCCUUGGACUGGUGGGAGAGAAGGGGAAGCUGGGCGUACCAGGUCUUCCCGGAUACCCAGGACGGCAAGGCCCGAAGGGAUCUCAGGGCUUCCCUGGAUUCCCUGGCAGCAAUGGUGAGAAGGGUGCUCGGGGUCUAUCCGGGAGGCCAGGGCCCCGGGGCGAGCGCGGCCCCUCGGGUCCCAGGGGCCAGCGGGGGCCGCGAGGAGCCACUGGAAAGCUGGGGGCAAAGGGCACCUCUGGCGGUGACGGCCCCCACGGCCCUCCAGGGGAAAGGGGACUCCCGGGCCCCCAGGGGCCAAACGGCUUCCCCGGACCCAAAGGACCACCGGCCCCCCCUGGCAAGGACGGGCUUCCCGGGCAUCCCGGUCAGCGAGGAGAAGUCGGUUUCCAAGGCAAGACGGGCCCCCCCGGCCCCCCGGGGGUGGUGGGACCUCAGGGCGCUUCUGGGGAGUCUGGUCCGAUGGGGGAGAGAGGUCACCCAGGCCCCCCUGGACCCCCGGGAGAGCAGGGCUUGCCAGGACCCUCUGGGAAAGAAGGAACCAAGGGAGACCCUGGCCCCCCGGGAGCCCUCGGGAAAGACGGCCCGGCUGGACUGCGCGGUUUCCCCGGUGAGCGGGGGCUGCCUGGCACCCCGGGCGGCACGGGGCUGAAAGGGAAUGAGGGGCCGGCCGGACCCCCAGGACCCGCAGGCUCGCCCGGAGAGAGAGGUGGCCCUGGACAGGGCGGCCCCAUCGGACCCCCAGGCAGACCGGGCCCUCAAGGGCCCCCAGGCCCCGCUGGAGAGAAAGGAGUUCCUGGUGAGAAAGGUCCCAUAGGCCCCGCUGGCCGUGACGGAGUCCAGGGUCCCGUUGGGCUGCCUGGCCCAGCAGGGCCCCCGGGGGGUGCUGGUGAGGAUGGCGAUAAGGGCGAGGUGGGUGAGCCGGGCCAGAAGGGUGGCAAAGGCAACAAGGGAGAGCACGGUCCCCCAGGCCCCCCAGGUCCCAUGGGCCCAGUCGGGCAGCCUGGAGCAACUGGGGCUGACGGGGAGCCGGGCGCUCGGGGCCCCCAGGGCCACUUUGGGGCGAAGGGCGACGAAGGAACCCGCGGAUUCAACGGGCCGCCUGGCCCCAUCGGGCUGCAGGGUCUGCCGGGCCCGGCGGGGGAAAAGGGCGAGACAGGUGACGUGGGCCCCAUGGGCCCCCCAGGACCACCGGGGCCGCGUGGCCCAGCCGGACCCUCCGGAGCCGACGGACCCCAAGGCGGCCCUGGAGGCAUUGGCAACCUGGGCCCCCCUGGAGAGAAGGGUGAGCCUGGCGAGUCGGGGGCCCCCGGCAUCCCCGGGGAGCCAGGAGUCAAGGGCCCGCGAGGAGAGCGAGGGGAGAAAGGAGAAACGGGAGCCGCCGGUGCAGCUGGACCCCCUGGAGGGAAAGGGCCCCCUGGAGACGACGGGCCCAAGGGGAACCCUGGUCCUGUUGGUUUCCCAGGGGAUCCGGGCCCCGUAGGUGAAAUGGGCCCCAGGGGCCAGGACGGGGCAAAGGGCGAGCGAGGCGAGGAUGGGGAACCCGGGCAGCUGGGCUCGCCAGGCCCGACAGGAGAGAAUGGCCCCCCAGGCCCUCCAGGGAAGAGGGGCCCCGCAGGCUCCCCGGGUCCCGAGGGGCGUCAGGGUGAGAAGGGCACUAAGGGCGAGCCAGGUGCCGUGGGACCUCCUGGCAAGACUGGCCCUGUGGGGCCCCAGGGACCGGCCGGCAAGCAGGGGCCUGAUGGGCUGAGAGGCAUCCCUGGCUCAGUGGGAGAACAAGGCAAGCCGGGUGCGACGGGCCAGGCGGGCCCCCCGGGACCUGUGGGCCCCCCGGGGCUGCCCGGCCUCAAAGGGGACUCCGGAGCCAAAGGAGAGAAGGGCCAUCCUGGUCUGAUCGGUCUGAUCGGGCCUCCAGGCGAGCAGGGAGAGAAAGGAGACCGGGGCCUGCCUGGCCCGCAGGGCUCCCUGGGGUCAAAAGGAGAGACUGGGAUCCCUGGUGCUACCGGCCCCAUCGGACCUGCCGGGCCCCCGGGCCUUCCUGGCCCAGCCGGUCCCAAGGGUGCGAAGGGAGCCACGGGACAAGCCGGCCCCAAGGGCGAGCGAGGUGUCCCCGGCCCCCCUGGACACCCGGGCCCCCCCGGGGAGGUGAUCCAGCCGCUGCCCAUCCAGCUGCCCAAGAAGAGCAAGAGGUCGAUCGACGCCAGCCAGCUGGUGGGUGAGGACGGGGAGGGGAUGGUGGCGGACGGGGUCCAUGGCCACGCGGGCGGCAUGGAUGAGAUCUUCGGCUCCCUCAACGCCCUCAAGUUGGAAAUUGAGAACAUGAAGCACCCGAUGGGCACCCAGGACAACCCGGCCCGCACCUGCCAGGACCUGCGGCUCUGCCACCCUGACCUGCCCGACGGCGAGUACUGGAUCGACCCCAACGAGGGCUGCUCCCGGGACUCCUUCAAGGUGCACUGCGACUUCUCGGCUGGCGGGGAGACCUGCCUCUUCCCCACCAAAGAGACGCAGGUGGUCCAGAUGUCUGCGUGGCAGGAGGAGAAGCCCCCGCGCUGGUUCAGCCAGUUCCAGGAAGGCAGGAAGUUCUCCUACGUGGACGCGGACGGGCGCCCGGUGGGCGUGGUGCAGCUCACCUUCCUGCGGCUGCUCAGCGUGGCCGCCCGGCAGAACUUCACCUACCACUGCCAGCGUUCGGUGGGCUGGGGCAGCGCCGCCUCUGGGGGCCACCAGCGUGCCCUCCGCCUCCGGGGCGCCAACGAGGAGGACAUGAGCUACGACACCAGCCCCUACAUCACGGCCCUCACCGAUGGCUGCGCGCAGCUGCGGAAGGGCCCGGACAGGACGGUGCUAGAGGUGAACACGCCCCGCGUGGAGCAGCUCCCCCUGCUGGACGCGCACUUCACGGACUUUGGGGAGCCUAACCAGAAGUUUGGGUUCGAGGUGGGACCUGCCUGUUUCCUGGGCUAGGACCAAACCCCCAUGAGCCCUGCCCUGGCCCCUGAGGGAAUGUCCCAGCCUGGCCCAGGCCCCACCAUCCCCCGAGCAGCGAAGCUACGGGGCCUUCUGGCCACCUGAGGGACGGACACGCCAUGACCACCUACAGCCACCGAGACCAACGCACCCGCUGCCGUCUCCUGCUGGGACCAGGGACCGGAGAGAGGCACCGAAGAGACGUCACCGCUUAGAGCCCACCUGUAUUUUAAUGUGUAGAGAGAGGGGGGGCAAUUACACCCACGCGCUGGCGGGAUCCCUCGGAGCCCCACAUCCCCCCUCCCACAAUCCUCCAGCCAGAGCUCCCAGAAUGCCCCAGCAACAUCCCUCAGAGCCCAUGGGCCAUAUUUCCCAGAAUGCCUCAGGGUACACCCUCCAUAUCUCCCAGAGCCCCUCAACUCUAACCCCAGACUGGGGCCACCCCGAAAUGGUGGAACCGGUACCCCAAUUUCCCCUCUGACCGUGGAACAAAGCCAUUAAUGUCUAAUGAACAUUGUGAGCCAACCAGAGUUAAUUAAUGUCAGCAGUGUGGCUGGCUCCCCUGUGCCGGGCAGCAUCGUGAACAGAGGACCUGGGUUAACACCAGUGGGCUCCCGUCCUCCCUCCCCACAGUGCUGACACCUGUCGCAGUGACAACGACCCUCAUGCUUCAGGGCAGGUGCUGGCCUGCAGGGAUGGGGUCAGGAGGAAACUUCCUCCUCACUGAGGGCUCAUUUAAUUACUGGUUUAGUCACCUCCUGCAGGGUUCCUGCCCUUUCCACCCAGAGCAGCCACAGGCGGGAGGCCAGGCUCGAUGGGCCCACUGGUCUGGUCCCGGCUGGGAUUCCUCUGCUUCAUUCAUUCCUAUCAAUGGGCUCCAGUCCCCCUCCUCCAGGGCACUAAUUAAUGUCAAAGGAAGAAGAAAUGUUAAUUUCAGUAGGGUUCUCUGCUCCCCUCCCCCACUAUGGUAAUUAGUAUUGAUUUGUGAGGCUCUAACCCCUCCCCCAUUGAACUAAUUAAUAUCAAAGGAGAAAAUCUUAUUAAUUAAUAUCAGUGGGGUGCUCCCCCUUCCCCCAGUACUAAUUAGCAUUAAUUGACAUGGAUAGGGCUCCUCCUUCCCUGCCAUAUCAGUUAAAAUAAUGAAUAAAGCCUGUUAAUUAACAUCUCCACAGUGCUCAGAUCCCCCCACUCCCGGCUAUUUGCAAGUGACUGUUGCUCUGGGUGUAUUUAAAAGCCUUCACCAACCUCCCCCCAUGGAAGAAGCUGAGGAGCGAAGAGAAGGACGCUGGUUUUAUUGUUUUAUUUUAAAUUAAUUAUAUUAUUUAAGGCGUGGAGACACACAGGGGUCUGGGCCCUGCUGCGGAUUUUGAAUCCCAAAUGAGCCCAUGCGCUCUGGCAUGAUGCUGCCAGUCCUGGGCCGGGGGGGGAACCCAAUUCAUUUUCUUGGGGCUGCCGGACAAACGUUUCAUGGGGUGACUGUUGUUGCUUUUCGGGGUCUAACAGGCAGCCCCCCCCCCCACGCCCCGGAGUGCUGAGCCGGCGGCCGGUGUAAUGUUUGUAAGUAAUUUUGGAAGUUGUAUUGUAAUAUAUCAGCUAUAAUUUUGCUGCU